AUGCUUCUAUCCUUGCUUGUUGCCGUCACGGUGUUGGUCCUCUCCUUCUCCUACAGCAGGCUAAGAUUCAUUCGGUUUCGCCAAUAUGCGCAUUUCCCUCAGCAUCCAACCUCGCCAGUACUCGGCCAUCUCAAAGUACUUGGAGACUUUGUCAAACACGCUCAGCACUAUGACCAAGCCAAGAAAGGAGAACUAGUUGACUUGUUCGAAACUUUGCUUGAUGCUUAUCGUGGAGAUCGUUUUAACUUACCAUGGUGGUUCAACUUUCGCAAAGCCAGGAGACGAACCGCGUUAUCGAACCGUAUCGCUAGCCUGUUGAAAGACAUCGUACGCCGCAAGCAUGCUGAGCUCCAUUGGGAAGAGAGGAUAUUAUUAAUCUCGGACGCAAUCCCGGCUGGAGCGUGGCGCCCGUUUGAGCAUGGGCUGCAGAAUUGCAUUGGGCUAGAGCUGGCCAGUAUCGAAGCGCGCAUCAUCAUCGCGCUAGCGGUCCGCCGAUGUGACUUUAUCAAAGUGGGAAUCGGUGAGGUCAUUCUGGAUGAGAGCGGCCAGCCGAGCUUGGACGAUACGACGGGCCAAUACAAGGUGACAGAAGUAUACCCGAUACGACAGGUGACGGCGAAACCAGUCGAUGCAAUGAUGAUGAGCGUGAAGUUGGCGUAG